AUGGAGCCUUGGCGCCACACAGCGACACAAAUUUUGGACAACAUUCGUUCUGGUAAUCUCACAGUUGAGCAGUAUGCUUCAUCACUACUUGAGCGAAUCAAGCAACGAGAUGACGAUGUCAAAGCUUGGGCAUAUCUUGACCCGAAAGCUGUUUUGGAACAGGCUAGAAAAUUAGACCAGGUACCAAAGGAUCAACGAGGACCACUGCAUGGCAUUCCUUCGCAGCCUGUCGCUGACAAGUUAUCAGAUAUGCCGACUGAACAUGGCUCAACUAUUUAUAAAAAUGAUCAUCCCGUAAUCGACGCCGGAUCGGUCAUGGUUCUCCGUCAAGCAGGAUGUCUCAUCUUCGGUAAAACUACAACAACCGAGUUUGCUGCAUCCUUCACAGGCCCAGCUACUCGCAAUGCACACAGUACCUCUCAUACCCCGGGAGGCUCUUCAGCUGGUUCAGCUGCCGCAGUAGCAGACUUUCAGAUCCCCGUUGCUCUUGGUUCACAGACUGUAGGCUCUAUUGUUCGUCCAGCUGCAUUCAACGGCAUCUACGGUUUCAAGCCUACAUGGGGAGCCAUCACAAGAGAGGGACAGAAGUUCUGUGCUCCAACUGUUGAUACGAUUGGCUUCUUUUCCCGAAGCGUUUCGGACUUUGAGACCCUAGCUGACGUCUUUGCUUUGCACGAUGAUGAGGAGAGCACGUUUGAAGAUAUCAAGGGCUCGAAAUUUGCCGUACAUCGGACGUCGAAGUGGAAUUUGGCUGGAGAGGGCACAAUCGCGGCUAUGGACAAAGCUGUAGAGCUUCUCAAAGCACAUGGCGCUGAAGUCGAAGAGCUUGAUCUUGGUCCAGACUUUGACCAAGUCAUUGACUGGCACCUGACUCUCGUACGUCUUGAGGGUGCAACGAGUCUGUGGCCAGAGUAUUACCAAGACAAAGACAAGCUUGAUCCGGUGUUGGCGAAAGGUGUUCAAGAGAAGCAUAAAAUUUCACGACAGGCCCAGCUCGAUGCUUAUGAUGGGCUUGCAGCUCUACGACCGCGGUUUGAUAAGAUGGCAGAUAAGUAUGUCGCCGUGCUAGUUCCGAGUGUCUUCGACGAGGCUCCUGAAGGCCUGGGAAAUACAGGAAGCCCUGUUUUUGCAGCGACUUGGACGGUAAGUGAACAGAUGCUGGAUCCUGGACUUCGUUAA